AAAAAAAAAAAAAGACAAUAAUGCAAAAGCCUUGUACUGUUGUCACGGAUUCACAAGGCAUACAAAGAUGGUUCGCUGCUGUUCUUGCCUUUUUUUUUUCAAAAAUAUUUAAUUCGUUCAUCGGAUCCUUAUCUACCGGUUAGCUUUGAACCAUAUCUACAACGAUUUGCUUACAACGACUAUUCAAACCUCAAAUUCAACAAUCCUGAGCUCCGCCAAAUGUACUCAAGACAUCUUCCUAAUAUACAGUCAAUAAAGGCUAGCAUAAACACUACCCGAUUUAAACGUUUUCUUCGGAUUUCAAUUCCAAGUCGUUCGAGGAACCUAUGGUAUCGUCUUUUGUACAACAAAAUCUCCAGCAGGACAAUUACCACCUCCAUCCUGCAACUACUAGAUGAUAAUCAAGUUAUACUCGAUGAAGCCGUCAAAACGAUACGAAAACUAUCUGCUUACAAAUACUUGUAAAUUCUGUUUUUUUAAGACAAGUCACUGCUUCUUACACUUGUUCUCCUUUAAAUAUAUCCCCCUAUUCGAUGAGUUUAAUGAAA